AUGUCUCAACCUUCUAUAUCCACUCUGAGAAAAUACUUUAAAGAGCAAGCAAACCCUAAAAACAUUGGUACUGAGAUAGAUCUCUCUGAUGUUAUUACUGAUGUUGUUCCCCUCUCAAUCAUUUUUGUCCAUGCAACUCCUAUGAGAAAGGCUAGGACUUUUUCUUCAAGGAAAGGCAAGCCUUCUAAAGUAAGUACCUCUUCUACUUCCACCAUGACUGCUAUAAAUAUGAAUGCUCAUGAACCCCAUACUGUAGUGAAGAAACCCCAGUCUAUGACUAGUUUGUAUCUCAAUCCCAUCAGCAUUGAACCUAAUGUUGACGUGUCUAAAGAUUGUCCCGGUGUGACAAAUGUUAUAGAAGAUGUUGAAACAUAUGGAACCAAUAAUAGACCAAGAUCUGUAACUACCUUGAGUAAAUCCAGCAUGAUCGUUGCUGACAGAGACGAUAUAGAUAAGAACAUUCGUGUUUUUAUCUCUCAAGUGUUGGCUAUUGACCCCAAGACUAAUGUUGUGACGGAUGUCUCCACAUCCUUGGCCCAACCUGAUAAAAAUAUUGAGAACCCCAUGGAUAAAUCUGAUGUGAAUGUACCUACUUUGUCUCCUGAGAAAUUGAAAGACAAAGAAAGGUUUGAAGAAAUGAUUGGUGAUCUGAAUGACAAAGACAAAAUCCCUAUUGAAAAAAAUGAUCAACCCACUAACAUAGUAAAUAUUGUGGAACUAGACUCUGAUGAUGUUCCCAUCGGUCGAAGACUGGCUCCUGGGAUUUCUAAAAGGUUGAAGAACAAGAAAGGUCAAGUUAUUGAAUCCUCCAGCAUACCCUCUAAAUUUUCCAGGAAAGUAGCUAGUGUUGGACCCAUCUCUACUUCCAGAAAGCAGGCCCCUGGGAAGAAGAUACCAACUAAUAUUCUUGAAGUUCCAAUUGACAACAUUUCAUUUCACUCUGUGGAGAAUGUUGAAAAAUGGAAAUUUGUUUAUCAAAGAAGAUUAGCACUGGAAAUGGAAUUGGGGAAAAAUGAUUUUGAAUGUAAAGAGGUGAUGAGUCUGAUUCAAAAGGAUGGAUUAAUGAAAACGGUAACAGGUUUUGGCAAGUGCUAUGGUAUGCAUGUAAUAGAAUUUAUUGUGAACUUCUCCAAGGAAUGUGACAAGAGGAGCACGGAGUUUAGAAAAGUGUAUGUCAAAGAAAGAUGUGUGGAUUUUUCUCCUGAAAUAAUCAACAGGUUCUUGGGCAGAAAUGAAGAAGAACAAGCUGAAAUUGAAGUCUCUAACAGUGUCAUCUACAAAAAGAUAACUGCUAAGCAAGUGAAGGAAUGA